UACGCUCUAACUCCAUAUUACGAGUGAAUAUCUGUCCACAGUUAUUUCAUCGUCUCUUAGAAGUUGGCUGGCCAGCGGUGGGUUAAAACUAGAAGCUGUCACGCCAUAAUUGAGCGAGGCGCCGAGGUGGCCGUUUGGGUAUGUUGGCGCAUGUGACGCAGAGUUUUGCGGGAAUAUGUCAGAUACUUCUUUGUCACCCCAAUUUAUUGGUUCCUUCUUUAAAUUCCUUUAUCCCAUUCCCAUUGUCUGGCUUCCGAUCCCAUUCUAUUCAUUACUCCUCUGGUUCUAGGAGCAGCAGAUACAGAUCUAUCUCUUUCUCUCUCAUGGCUUCUUCCGGUCGCAGCUCUCCUAUUCACAGCUCCCAUUCCUGCAUCCCCGCUACUCAUCAACCAUCAUUGGUUGUUUUUUCAGGUGGAACAGCUUUUAAUUGUGUAGCUGAAGAGCUUAAGAAGUUAACUACUCGUGUCACUCACGUUCUCCCUGUGUCUGAUGAUGGUGGAAGUACAUCUGAAAUUGUCAGAGUUCUUGGAUCUGGCAUCGGGGAAGAUGAUUGGCAGUGCUAGGGAAGAAGAUGGACUCUAUAUAUUUGAUAAAGGGACUGAAUCAAAUAAACAAGGUGGUCCUGCAGUUGGGGACAUACGGUCAAGAUGCUUGAGAUUGUCUGAUCAAAGCACUUCUGAGGCUCUUGCUGUAAGAACAUUGCUUGGUCAUCGGCUACCUCUUGAUGCACAAAAAUCAAAGUUAGAGUGGUAGUGAAACCAUAUUCCCGAGUAUGCUAUUGUGGAAGGGAACCAUGGUCUUUGGAAAGGCGUGUCAAAACCUUACGGCGAAACGAUACGAGCUUUCUUGGCUUACUUUCAAAAUCAGAUUCUUAGACGUUCAGAAGAUGCAUUUUGUUUUAGUAAUGGAAGCAUUGGGAAUUUUUUCUUUGCAGGAGCGAGGACAUUUUUUCAGUCUCUAGAUGCCGCAAUUUUUCUGUUUUCACGCGUUUCUGAUAUUCCAAUAGAGAGUCUGGUUCUUCCAGUGAUAUCCACGAAUGAGAGGCUUACUUUGGGCUGUGAAUUAUGGACUGGAGGACCAUUCCACGAGAAAAACCUGCAGUGCCCUUCCUCCUCUUUCCACCACUAAAGAAUCCAGGGUUGAGGUGGACCAAGAAGUUGUGGGCUGACCUAUCUUCCUUAAUUCCAAGUCAAUUCCAAAGGAUGAAUUUUCCAAAUAAUUUGCACCAAAGUACCACUCGCUUGAGUUCAUGAGGAUUUAGAGAUGCGCACUUCAGAUGGGGCGGCAAUGGAAGCCACAGUUAGAUUAUUUUUAACUAAAGCCAACUGCAGAACGCAUACCUUGCAUUGUUUUAAGCAGGUAUUUGGACAGAAUAGUUUCAAAGGGCACAAUUGAAAUUAAAAAUAAAGCCAAUUGAUCUGAUUGCAAGGAUUCAAGGAUGAGUACCAAAUAGGAGAUGAAAAACAACAUUGCUGCUUUAAUUACAUUGAAGCAUUCUUGACUUGUUUCCUGGUUACGAUUAAGACAUUUUGCUGCUCACCCCCAGGAUGGUACCAUUAUACGUGGCCAGAAUAAGAUAUCUCAUCCAACAAAUGGAUGGAUGGAACCCAUCGAUAAGGGAAUAACUUCAUGCCCUGCGCUUCCUACAAAAAUAAAGAGAGUAUUCUACAUGUCAAGUGAGGGCAGCAACUUAUCGCACGAGGGAUCAAGUUGCUUUAUUGUCAGCCAAGCAUCGUCAACCGAAUGGGAACUUCUGUACAGGACAGAGGGAGUAUCUUUUUUAAAUGAUUUCAUGUUCAAAACAUUUUUUAAUUUAUUUUUAAAUAUCAAUUUAGUAAUGUGACUAUUCUUUUAGUUUUUUAAUAUAUAGAUAAAUAUUCCGAAUCAAUGAGAUAGUAUCUAUGCAUGGCAGUUGUCUUCAGUUGAUUGCCGCAAUUAAUUUUUCCUCUUAAUCAAAGGUUAGGUCUUCCCUGAUGUAAACCCUACAGUCUUGGAACAAUUGAAAAAUGCAGACUGUAUCAUUUUUGCCAUGGGAUCACUCUUUACUUCCAUCUGUCCCUCUCUGGUUUUGCUUGGAGUUGGGGAAAUCAUCUCCUCGCGGUCAUGCCCUAAGGUACUUAUGUUGAAUGGCACACAUGACCGAGAAACUAGUGGCUUUAAUGCUUCCUGCUUUGUGACAGCCAUCACAGAUGCAUUAAAUCGUACUCAUGGAAACCAUAACUGCCUUAAAAAUCCUCCAAAUAGAUAUAUCAAUGCCCUUAUGGUGCCAAGAGAUGGUCAAAUUCCAGUCGAUGUUGGUCACCUUACUUCGCAAGGGAUUUAUAACGUGGUCACUGUCGAUUCAUUCCGUGAUCCAAAAGUGGGUACAAUCUUUGAUCCAAAAUCACUUAUACAGGCGCUUGUGACCUUGUUAAUACAAACAUGAGAAAAAGUGAUUGCUCAUCUUGAGAUUGGGAACAAAGCAUUGGCCUGCAUGUUUUUAGGGAAAUGAAAGAACCCCACAAUGAUACAGCUCAUCAAAAUACAUACCACUUUGUCCUCUAAAUUCACACGUGGCUAACUCCCCAAGAUUCACUCAAUUUCUAAAAUUUUACCGCGUGGCAACAUACAGUUUUUUCUUUCUAAUUCAAGGGACACACAUGGAAUAUCAAAGCAAGUAGCAUGCGGAGAGAUAUAUUUGGUGGG